AUGUCUGGUCAAGAAAACUUAUUAUCUCAUUUUAAACAAACCGCGCUAAGCGUUACGCAGCUGUAUCAAGCAUCCACCGCAGAGUCACUUCGUUCCCAAAAAGCUGGUUAUGCACAGGCCUUGAAGGAAAUCGCCGAACUAAUCGAAUGUAACGGUGUCUCUAGUGACUAUAUACUUCAAUACUGUAAAGAAAAACUGGCCAUAUAUGACCCCGAGUUCGUCGCAGACUCGUCUCACCAAUCUUUUGGCGGGAAUGGCGAUUCUAUUCACAUGGAUGAUGUCCAGCAAGCUCCUGUAAACAAUCCAAAUCUUAACUUUUCUGCUUUACGCACAGCUCGUUCUGGUCGGCCCGUUCUGGAUUCAGAUGAUGAUGAAGCUCCUCAUAAACGAAGGGUUUUUGACUUGAACGGCUCAUGGACAAAACGGAAUCGACGGUAA